AUGAAAUUCUUUUUGAAAAAAUGUCUACGCAAAAAACCCGAAGAGAUGAAACCAGGCGCCAUACUGGACGCCGUCAUUUCACAAUCUUCGCCAACGGCCAACAAAUGUCUGCUCUACAAGCUUGCAGACUACAAGCGUGGCGGUGACCUCAUUGAUGCACUCAACACUGGCGGCCUGGUCGCCGUGGAGCAGCUAAUACGCGAACAGUUCGGCAUCUUCAUGUACAACGAUGGCAAAGGACAGGUGAUCAAUCGCGCCGAAUUUCUGCGCUGGAAAUAUCGUGAUCACACAGAGGUAACCAUACCGAUUGAGGCGUCACUCUCGCGACACGAUCCACUCGGCAAGUGGGAGGAUCAUAAAGCUUGCUGGCAAAUGCAGUUUCGUGGCGCACUCGGUGAGAGUCUACUACAUGUGCUUAUCAUAUGCGAUUCAAAGAUACAUACGAAGUUGGCGCGUGUACUGAUACGCGUCUUUCCAAAUCUCGCACAAGAUGUGAUGGAAGGUGAGGAGUAUUUGGGCGCUAGUGCAUUACAUUUGGCGAUUGCUUAUAGCAACAAUGAGCUCGUGGCCGAUCUCAUUGAAGCAGGCGCGGACAUAAAUCAACGUGCAAUCGGUAGUUUCUUUUUACCACGUGAUCAGCAGCGUCGCAAUCCAGCCAAGUCGACGGACUACGAAGGUCUCGCUUACUUAGGUGAGUAUCCGCUAGCUUGGGCGGCUUGUUGUGCUAAUGAGAGCGUAUAUAAUUUGUUGCUGGAUUGCGGGGCUGAUCCGGAUGCGCAAGAUUCGUUUGGAAAUAUGAUACUACAUAUGGUAGUUGUGUGCGACAAGUUGGAUAUGUUCGGUUAUGCGCUGCGUCACCCGAAAACACCAGCCAAGAAUGGUAUUGCUAAUCACAGUGGGCUCACACCACUGACCCUUUCGUGCAAAUUGGGCCGCGCAGAGGUCUUCCGCGAGAUGUUGGAGCUUUCGGCACGUGAGUUCUGGCGUUACAGCAAUAUCACCUGCUCGGGCUAUCCGCUAAAUGCUUUGGAUACGUUGCUACCAGACGGACGCACGAACUGGAACUCAGCGCUUUUUAUCAUCUUGAACGGCACCAAAGAGGAACAUUUGGAUAUGUUGGAUGGCGGUAUCAUACAACGUUUGCUGGAGGAGAAAUGGAAAACAUUUGCUCAGAAUCAAUUCUUAAAGCGUCUGCUCAUUCUGCUUGUUCACUUGCUUUGUCUCUCCGUUUCGGUUUAUAUGCGGCCUGCGCAUGUGGCUGACGACGAUGAAGAUGAGGUAGCUACAAGUGGCAUGACUUCGAAAGACGCAAAAACGCGUGAGCUCGCAGAGGAGACGGAAGACGAAGAGUACGAUGUGCAGACUAUUGUGCGUUAUGGCGCGGAGUUUUGUACGAUUGUAGGCGUCCUGAGUUAUGUCAUCUUUCAGCAGGGUGAUGAGAUAAAAAAUCAAGGACUACCAGCGUUUCUGAAACAAUUAACUCAUGCACCGGCCAAGGCUAUAUUUCUUGUUUCUAAUCUGAUGAUUCUCGCUUGCAUACCUUUUCGUUUGAUGGGCGAUACAGACACCGAGGAAGCUAUACUUAUUUUUGCUGUACCGGGCAGCUGGUUUUUAUUAAUGUUCUUUGCAGGUGCUAUUCGUCUGACGGGACCUUUUGUAACCAUGAUCUACUCUAUGAUAACCGGUGAUAUGUUCACAUUCGGCAUUAUAUACUGCAUUGUUUUGUGUGGCUUUUCUCAAGCUUUCUAUUUUCUCUACAAAGGGCAUCCGCAGAUUCAAUCGACUAUGUUCAACACCUUCCCGAGUACAUGGAUGGCAUUGUUUCAGACAACACUUGGUGAUUAUAAUUAUCCCGAUUUGAAUAACACAACGUAUCCGAACUUAUCGAAGACAGUGUUUGUGAUCUUCAUGAUUUUUGUGCCCAUACUUUUAUUGAAUAUGUUGAUCGCUAUGAUGGGCAAUACGUACGCACAAGUGAUUGAGCGUUCCGAGAAAGAGUGGAUGAAGCAGUGGGCCAAAAUAGUAGUAACUUUGGAACGUGCUGUGCCACAGGCUGAUGCGAAAAAUUAUCUGGAAGCCUAUUCUAUACCACUUGGGCCUAUAGAUGAUUCCGGUUAUGAGGUACGCGGUGUUAUGGUUAUCAAAAGCAAAGCGAAGACCAGAGCCAAGCAACGCAAAGGCGCUGUGUCGAAUUGGAAACGUGUUGGACGCGUAACACUGAGUGCACUAAAAAAGCGCGGUAUGACAGGUGAGCAAAUGCGACGACUGAUGUGGGGACGCGCCUCUAUUUCCAGUCCGAUUAAAAUUACCAAAAAGAAGCUUAAGGAUCCCUAUAAUUUAAACCCACAAAGUGAUCUUACCAACGCUAUGGAUAUGUUGUCUUUUGCUAACGAUCCAGCCUCGAGCUCCGGUUUGCAACUACGCACUUCUCUCGCUGAUACGCGUGCAGAUGGUAAAACCACCACACAACAACAACAGCAGAAUCAACAGCCUGCACCCGAUCCCCUACGAGAUUUGAUCUUUCUCGCUGAUCGGCGACCUGAAGUACAUGAUCCACAAUACUUUGUAGGCCUACAACAGUUGGCCAAUAAAGCUUUGGAUUUGGUGGAGCAGACAAUGGGUAUGCAUCCGAUACCGACUCCAGCCACCAAUGCAUUGCUCUUGUCAGCAGCAGCCGCUACAACAACCGCAGGCGCUGUAACGAUACAAACAGCAGGCACGGUUGGUGCAACCACAUCGAUAACAACAACAGCAGCAACCACUAGUGCCGCAGCAGCAGCAGUAGCUGCGCCAACCGACGACUUGGUUACGCCGCUCAGCUCAAACUUAACUACACUCUUCCAGGAUCCAAAAGAUGUUGUUGAUCCAGAAAAGUUAGAGGAGUUCCUGAAAAUGCUGGCCGACAUCGAGACAGAGGAGAGUGAUGGUGGUGGCAGACCAAUUUUGGGCAAAUUGUCCCUUUCGCGUCGGACGAAGAGCGCCUUGUCGAAGGCUCAAAUUAAAAAGGAAUCGAUUAGCGGCAGUCCGCUCAAGCUCAUACCAUCAGUGUGGUCGCAUAAUUUACCACAGCCCGAAGAAGAACCGGAAUUUAAUUUUGUAGCCGCACUGGCCGAAGAGCAUACAUUAACCAUCGAACAGGAAGCCGAGGUGGAAACGGAAACCGGCAAUGAGCGUGACGACAGCGAAGACUGCCCAACCGUUGAGGAGGUGCAUGCGACAAUGAAGCAAUUUCAUCUGCGUAAGCGACAAUACCAGCAGGAUGAUGCAGCACGACGCGCAAAAAGCGCACGCAUCAAGCGUAAAAAUAGAAUUUCGCCCGAGCAGUCCCAUGAUGCGGACGACGGCAAAUCAACACACCCACGAGGUGCCUCUGCGCCAGGCCGUAAGCAACCGGUGAACGAAUGCUUAUCACCGCCAGAUCCGCUAGAGCCAUGGAGUACGCGCGAAUUGCAAAACAUCAACAAAAUAUUAGCGCGAAAGUGAAAACGAAAGCGCACGCAUACACACAUUAAAAUUGCGAUAUAUGCAUAUCUACAUACAUAUACAUAUGUGUAGUUGUAGUUGGAAAUACAAAAUUGCUGAAAAC